AUGACCGAGUCCAAUGGCGCCGUCCCCAACGGCUGCCCGUUCCAAGACUCGCGCCGCCUCUUCCGAGAUCUCAAGGAGCACCGCUCGAUCCACCAAAUCCAAUUUAGUGAUAUUCUUGGUGGCUAUGUCGUGACUCGAUAUGAUGAUAUCGUCUACGCCCUGGAUCAUCCCGAACUUUUCGCUUCCAAGGGAGUCACGGUUCCCGAAUUCCCAGAACCCGUCCAACCAAUCUUUGCCAAUCGAGUCCCCCCAGGUGGCACCCUUUUAGGUUGGGACAACCCGGACCAUGAUCGCUUGCGAACCAGCGUAAAUGGCUUCUUUUUGCCUCGGAGACUGGCCGGAUUCCAACCACUGAUGCGAUCAUUGGCGAAUGAGCUGAUCGACCAAUUCAUCAUGAAGGGCGAGAUGGAACUGAAGUCGACCUUUGCGAUGCCGCUCCCAUUGAAGACGAUCAUCACCAUGGCCGGGUUAGAUCCCGCACGAAUGGAGUGGAUCGGUCGAUCUCUUGCCUUAUUUGGAGGUAUCGUAGGAGGGAGUAUGUCCGUUGAGCAGCAAGUCAAAGACGUCUUGGAUUUGCACGACUAUGUCGCCCAGGUGAUACGGGAGCGCAAAACUGAUCGCCGCAACGACCUGAUCAGCCAUAUCUGGGACCAAAGAGACGCCAACGUGGUGGAGAUGACCGAUCUCGAGCACCUGGCCAUGAUUCCUGGCUUGCUACUCGCAGGACACGAGACAACGACCAGCGUUCUUUCCAUGGGACUGUCUCAUCUAUUACACAAUGGACUGUGGCACGCCGCAAAUGAGAGUGAUAAAUCUCGCAUAGACACCAUUGAGGAGCUGCUCCGCUACGAAUCAGCCAUCACGGGGAUGUUCCGUUUGGUCACAAAGAAAGUCACACUUGGAUCCAGGGAUCUCGAACCGGGAGAUAAGGUUUUCUUAGCCUACAACUCGGCCAGCAGAGACGGCUCUGUCUUUGAGUGUCCUGCUCAGCUUCAACCAAAGAGAACUUUCACUCGGCAACAUCUUGGCUUUGGCCGUGGAAUCCAUGCCUGUCUCGGGGCUCCUCUUGCUCGGCUCUUACUGAGGACGGAAUUUGAGAUUCUAUAUGAGCGUCUUCCUAAUUUGAGACUCGUGACACCAUACGAGAAGAUCCACUACGAAAAGGUUGGACCCUCUCGUAGUAUUGAAGGCGUGGUUGUUGCAUGGGACCCGCCCCUGACCUCCCCCCCGCGGCCUUUGCCCCAGGGAUCCAGUACCGAAAUGGCCAGCAGUAUCACGCAGAAUAUUUCGGCUAAGGUGCAGCGGCUCUUACCCCUGACGUCCGAAGUUUUAGAGGUGACCAUACGCUCGGACGUACCAGACAAGCUGCCUGAAUGGACGCCCGGUUCGCAUAUCGAUAUCCUGAGUCAAUACGGGUAUCGACAAUACUCUCUGUGCUCCGAUUCAGCCGACAAUUCUUCAUGGAAGAUUGCAAUCCUGAAAGAAGAGGAUGGGUCUGGUGGAUCAAAAUGGCUUCAUGAGAACCUUCGCGAAGGAAUGGACGUGACCGUUCGUCGCCCCAAAAAUCACUUCCGCCUUACCAAGGGUCCGCGUUAUAUCUUCCUCGCAGGAGAAUUGGUAUCACGCCACUGA